AUGGAUACAAUUAGAAGAAUUGAUACUACAAUAGCUUCAGAUAUAAUCGACAGGUUUAACAAAAAUGGGCAUAUAUAUAUCCCAAGUGAGCUUGUACCAUAUUCCCCUAGCCGUAUUGUUCUAGCCUCAUGUGAUAAUAUUGAUGUGCUUGAGGAAACAAUAGAUGGAAAAAACACAUUUCAUUGCACGCAAAUGAUGCUGUGGCAAAGAGGCCCGGCAAAUAUAAGGCAGACUGACAUAGAUAUUAAGCACAUCAACAGGGCAAAAACAAUAACAAGAGAUAGCUUAGAUCAAUUCCAUAAGUUAGAUCAUGCCAGCAUGCCAGUUGGUGAAAGGCCAAAGCCAGUUAGUAACCUUCCUCCUGACCUAGAAAUAGAAAAGUGGUUUAAUAAAAGCAAUAAUCAGGUUGAGUCAAAAAUGAAAAAUAUGGCAUGGAUAAUAGCACGUAUGUGCCAAACCUCUCAACAAAUGGUGCCAGCUUGGGCUGCUUUUAAUGAGAAGAUUAGCUCAGUUAACUCACCCAUUACUACGCCUGGUAUGUUGCCUAUACUUCAGGCUCCUGCAGAUGAUAAUAAUACCAUGACAACCAUACUUAACCGCUUUACAUCAAUUGCUAAACAUCUUGGCCAGCCAAAUACUGUAAUAGCAGUAGAUCAACCUUUGUACAGUAGAGGCAAGGAAAUUAUUUGGGCCAACCCUGAAAAAUAUCAGAAUGUAGUUUUGGUUAUGGGCCAUUUGCACAUUCUCUUUAACUUUCUUAAAGCAAUAGGUCAACAUAUAGAAAAUUCAGGGCUUGCAGAUAUAUGGGUUGAGUCUGGUGUUUUUGCGCAAAAUACUACUGGUGCAAUGUUAGAAGGGAAGCAAUAUUAUCGAGCUGUAAGAGGUCAUCUAUUAACAUAUGAAGCUUUAAGUCGAAUUUAUUGGCAAUAUUUUACUUCUUGGUUAACAUCUAAUGAAAGGGAGGUUAAUUUAAAAUCAAUGACAGAUCAAAUAGUAAAGGCAUUCAGUCACAGAAAUUCUGAUGAUGAAGCAGUUAAAGCAGUAAAUUGUUUAGUCACUACUCUAAAGAUGCAUGAUGUUUUAGGUAUGAUGGAUGAAUUUGAUAAUACACUGCAGCAUUUACCCAAUUUUGUUCUUUGGAGGUCAUACAUGAAGAUGGUUGAAACAUUGCUAGACUUUAUCAGGGCUAAUCGGGAGGGUAACUGGGCCCUUCACUUAGAUUCAUUUUCAGCAAUGCUUCCAUGGAUGACAAUCUAUGACCAUACAAAUUAUGCUAGGUGGGGUGCUGUUUACUUGUGUGAAAUGAAAAACUUACAAAACACACAUACACUAGUUUAUGAGGAGUUUCUGAAUGGAAACUUUGUAGUUAAGAGGAGUAAACUAAAAUUUAAUCAGAUACCUCUCGACCAAGCUACUGAAUGGCAGAAUAAAAUCUGCAAAAUAUCAAAUGGCAUUAUAGGAAGAACUAGGAAUGAUACUGCUAGGGACAAGUUCUGCAUAACAUGGGCAGAACGUUCAUAUGUUUCUCACUCUACUAGAGUGUUAUUUGGUGUAGAUGAUGAUGCAAAUGAUACAAUUUCUACCAGGAAGGACGCACAGCCAGGCAGAGUGAGUGUUGAUGAAAAUGCAGUCAGUGACUUGAAAGAACUCUUUUUAAGAUUUAAUGUAUUUAAGAUAAAUACAUUUGAUCCUCUUGAUGGCUAUGUUGCCCUUGAAGAAAUUGCUGAAAAUGUAGAAAAUGAGGGGGAAAGGAUGGAUGUAGAUAUGCAUCAGUUAACUUCUCUGGAAACCAAUGAUGUUGCAACUGGUGAUAUACAACAUGAUAUGUUGACAGCACAGCAACAAGGGCAACAGAUGGUACUAGAGAACAUAGGUAAAUGGCUGUUAAGGAAGGAUAUGCCUUUUUUUGAUCCAAUAAAAAAAACAAAUCAAAAACAUUUGCCACAUUGUAUGCUUCCUCUAUUAGCAUACAGAAUGAGAAAAAAGUUACUAAGGCUGAUAGGAAAUUAUUACAACGUCUUCUAACAGUAUCCCUAGCAGGUCGUAACAUUGAUAUGCAUGAUAUUCUUAAACAUGAGCUUUCUAAUGUUCCUCUUUCUCUAGCAAAGGUUCAUGGCACUCUUAACUCAACAACUAAGUCAGAUUUGGUUAACAUUUUGAUGGAUGGGGAAACAAUCCCUCACACAAUUCCUGCACCAACCAUGCAUCAAAACACUUGUGUUUUAAUAGAUGGUCAUGCUUUAGUUCAAGCUCUUGGAAAACCUCAAACCUGUAGGACCUUUGAUGACUAUGCCAGAGUCUUUUUUUCGAGCUGUCACGGCACAUAUUGAUGAACAUGUUAGACGAGUAGAUGUUGUCUUUGACACCUACGUAAAACAAUCAAUUAAAUCAGCCACUCGAGCUAAAAGAGGCAUAAAAAAGAGACCAGUUCGUAAAAUUAUUAACCGUGGUGAUUUAAGUCUUCCUCAGGUGUGGGCAAAUUUUGUAGCAUUAAGUGAUAAUAAAGCAGAUCUUGCUAGGUUCCUUACUGAAUACAUUAUGAGCCAUGGGAGGGAAUUUAGUCACCAGUAUGAGUUGGUAACAAGUGGUGGUAUAUGGAUUCAACUAAGGCAUGCUCAACACAAAGAGGUGAGGUUCCUAACUUAUUUAACAAUCAUGAGGAAGCAGAUACCCGACUUAUUCUGCAUGCACAUGAAGCGAUUGCUAAUAAUUUUAACAGAAUCAUAAUAGUGUUGUGUAGAGAUACCGAUGUUCUUUUGCUAUUAAUUCAUUUUUUUUGAAAAAAUGAAGAAAUUGAAACUUGGAUGGUUGGUGGCAAUGCAAAGCAAAAAAAGUGCUUUCCCGUAAAUAGUAUUACAGAUAAGCUAUCUGAGGGAGUAAUUCAGAAUAUAUUAGGCUUUCACACAUUCACUGGGUGUGAUACAACUUCUUCGUUUAGUGGUUACGGGAAAAAGAAAUGCUGGAAGGUUUUUGAAGAGCACCCUCACUUGCUCUAUGGCAUUGGGAGGGAUUGCUUUGUUCAGGAUGUAGAAGAAUUUGUUUGCAGGUUGUAUUGUGCACCAGAUCCACUAGCUGGGGUAAACCAAUGCAGAGUAGAUCUUUUUCAGAGAGGUAACAAAGAGCUUGAGAAAUUGCCACCAACUAAAAAUUCUUUAGGCCUGCAUAUAACAAGAUGCAAUUUUCAGGCAAAUGUCUGGUUACAAGCCACUGUUAAGUUUCAGGAACUCCCUCUACCAGUUGUGACUGGAGGUUGGAAGGCAUCUGAUUCUUUAGACAAUCUGGAAAUUGUCUGGACAACUCUUCCAAGCAUACCAACAUGUUGUCUUUCCCUUAUCUCUUGUGGUUGCAAAACAAAAUGCAAAACUGGAGCAUGUAAAUGCUACAAAAGCCAACAGCAAUGUACACCGAUUUGUAUCUGUAAUGUGAAAGACUGUCACAAUCCAAUUGGGCUACCAGAAAGUUAA